UGAACCUUAUGUGACUUUGUCCCUCGGAUGCCUCUCUGAGUCCCUCCCUGUUGCUGUCUGCACCUCUUUCCUCGUCUCUCUGUCUCUUGGUUCACACUGAGUCUCCCUGUCUCAUCGCUGGCUGUGUCUCUGUGACUCUUGGCUCUUUUGUUCCCCUGUCCCCUGCUAUGUGAAUCACUACGUGGGAUUCUUUGUCGCUCUGUCCCUUCCCUUCCCCUUCCCUCUGAAGCCUGCGGCUUUGUGUCCCUUAGGGCCUGUCAGACCCUUCUCCUCUCUGGAGCCAUAUGGAGGAGAACCAGGACUGGGCACAAAGCAGGACUGGGACAAUGGCAGUGCCCAGUCUGUGGCCAUGGGUAGCCUGCCUGCUUGCGAUCCUCCUCUCCCUGGGAUUUGGCCUGGACACGCUAGAGGUGUGCCCCAGCCUGGACAUCCGCUCAGAGGUGGCGGAGCUGCGGCGGCUGGAAAACUGUAGCGUGGUGGAGGGCCACCUGCAGAUCCUGCUCAUGUUCACAGCCACUGGCGAGGACUUCCGUGGCCUCAGCUUCCCACGCCUCACUCAGGUCACUGACUAUCUGCUGCUUUUCCGUGUCUAUGGCCUGGAGAGCCUGCGCGACCUCUUUCCCAACCUGGCGGUCAUCCGUGGCGCCCGCCUCUUUCUGGGCUAUGCGCUGGUCAUCUUCGAGAUGCCACACCUGCGGGACGUGGGGCUGCCGGCCCUGGGGGCUGUGCUGCGUGGAGCCGUGCGUGUGGAGAAGAACCAGGAGCUCUGCCACCUCUCCACCAUUGACUGGGGCCUGCUGCAGCCUUCUCCUGGUGCCAACCACAUCGUGGGCAACAAGCUGGGCGAGGAGUGUGCAGACGUGUGCCCUGGCGUGCUGGGUGCCAGCGGCGAGCCCUGUGCCAGAACCACCUUCAGCGGGCACACCGACUACAGGUGCUGGACCUCCAGCCAUUGCCAGAGAGUGUGCCCCUGUCCCCGAGGGCUGGCCUGCACAGUUAGGGGUGAGUGCUGCCACACUGAAUGCCUGGGAGGCUGCAGCCGGCCAGAAGACCCCCGUGCCUGUGUUGCCUGCCGCCACCUCUACUUCCAGGGAGCCUGCCACCGGACCUGCCCUCCAGGCACCUACCAGCAUGAAUCCUGGCGCUGCGUCACGGCCGAGCGGUGUGCCAGUUUGCGCUCUGUGCCCGGCCGCGCCUCCACCUUUGGCAUCCACCAAGGCAGCUGUCUGGCCCAGUGCCCUCCAGGCUUCACCCGUAAUGGCAGCGGCAUAUUCUGCCACAAGUGUGAGGGGCUGUGCCCCAAAGAGUGCAAGGUGGGCACCAAGACCAUCGACUCUGUCCAGGCAGCACAAGAUCUGGUGGGCUGCACCCACGUGGAAGGGAGCCUCAUCCUCAAUCUUCGUCAAGGCUAUAACCUGGAGCUGGAGCUGCAGCGCAGCCUGGGACUGGUAGAGACCAUCACUGGCUUCCUCAAAAUCAAGCACUCCUUUGCCCUCGUGUCCCUGGGCUUUUUCAAGAAUCUCAAACUAAUCCGGGGGGACACCAUGGUGGAUGGGAACUACACUCUGUACGUGCUGGACAAUCAGAACCUACAGCAGCUGGGGUCCUGGGUGGCUGAGGGGCUCACGAUUCCUGUGGGGAAGAUCUACUUCGCCUUCAACCCACGCCUUUGCUUGGAGCACAUCUACCGCUUGGAGGAGGUGACAGGCACCAGAGGACGGCAAAACAAGGCGGAGAUCAACCCCCGCACCAAUGGAGACCGAGCUGCCUGCCAAACUCGCACCCUGCGCUUUGUGUCCAACGUGACAGAGGCCGACCGCAUCUUGCUGCGCUGGGAGCGCUACGAGCCGCUGGAGGCUCGCGACCUACUCAGCUUCAUCGUCUACUACAAGGAGUCCCCAUUCCAGAAUGCCACAGAGUACGUAGGUCCAGAUGCCUGUGGGACCCAGAGCUGGAACCUACUGGAUGUGGACCUGCCCCUAAGCCGCACCCAGGAGCCAGGGGUGACCCUAGCCCCACUCAAGCCCUGGACACAGUACGCGGUGUUUGUGCGGGCCAUCACGCUGACCACCGCAGAGGACAGCCCCCACCAAGGGGCCCAGAGCCCCAUCAUCUACCUCCGAACCCUGCCCGCAGCGCCCACAGUGCCCCAGGAUGUCAUCUCCACGUCCAAUUCCUCCUCCCACCUGCUGGUGCGCUGGAAGCCACCGACCCAUCGCAACGGAAACAUCACCUACUACCUGGUGCUGUGGCAACGUCUGGCAGAGGACAGCGACCUCUACAUUAAUGACUACUGCCACCGUGGCUUGCGGCUGCCCACAAGCAACAACGACCCCCGCUUCGACCGCGAAGACGGGGAACUCGAGGCCGACAGGGAGCCCGGCUGCUGCCCUUGCCAGCAUCCACCUCCUGGGCAGGUCCUGCCACCGCUGGAGGCGCAGGAAGCUUCGUUCCAGAAGAAGUUUGAAAACUUUCUACACAAUGCCAUCACCAUCCCCAAAUCCCCUUGGAAGGUGACAUCCAUCAAUAAAAGUCCUCAAAGGCACUCUGGGAGGAACCGCCGGGAAGCCGGGACCCUCCGGCUUGGGGGGAACAGCUCCGAUUUCGAGAUCCAGGAGGACAAAGUGCCCCGGGAGCGAGCGGUGCUGAGGGGCCUGCACCAUUUCACGGAAUACCGGAUCGACAUCCAUGCCUGCAACCACGCGGCGCACACCGUGGGCUGCAGCGCUGCCACCUUCGUCUUUGCCCGCACCAUGCCCCACAGAGAGGCUGAUGGUAUCCCAGGGAAGGUAGAGUGGGAGACAGCUAGCAAGAGCAGUGUCCUCCUGCGCUGGCUUGAGCCACCAGACCCCAACGGACUCAUCCUCAAGUAUGAAAUCAAGUACCGCCGCUUGGGAGAGGAAGCCACAGUAUUGUGUGUGUCCCGCCUGCGAUAUGCCAAGUUUGGGGGCGUCCACCUGGCCCUGCUGCCUCCUGGAAACUACUCUGCCAGAGUUCGGGCGACGUCACUGGCUGGCAACGGCUCCUGGACAGAUAGUGUUGCUUUCUAUAUCCCUGGCCCAGAGGAGGAAGACUCUGGGGGGCUGCAUGUCCUUCUCACUGCCACUCCCGUGGGGCUCAUGCUGCUCAUCAUUCUUGCUGCCCUUGGUUUCUUCUAUGGCAAGAAGAGAAACCGCACCCUGUAUGCCUCUGUGAAUCCGGAGUACUUCAGCGCCUCUCAUAUGUACAUCCCUGAUGAGUGGGAGGUGCCUCGGGAGCAGAUCUCCAUAAUCCGGGAACUGGGCCAGGGCUCUUUCGGGAUGGUAUACGAGGGGCUGGCACAAGGACUUGAGGUUGGAGAGGAGUCCACGCCCGUGGCCCUGAAGACGGUGAAUGAGCUGGCCAGCCCCCGAGAACGCAUUGAGUUCCUCAAGGAAGCCUCUGUCAUGAAGGCAUUCAAGUGUCACCAUGUGGUACGUCUCCUAGGUGUGGUGUCUCAGGGCCAGCCAACCCUGGUCAUCAUGGAGUUAAUGACCCGAGGGGACCUCAAGAGCCAUCUUCGAUCUUUGCGGCCUGAGGCAGAGAACAACCCAGGGCUCCCACGGCCAGCCCUGGGAGAUAUGAUCCAGAUGGCUGGUGAGAUUGCAGAUGGCAUGGCCUACCUCGCUGCCAACAAGUUCGUGCACCGGGACCUAGCAGCCCGAAAUUGCAUGGUGUCCCAGGACUUCACCGUCAAGAUCGGGGACUUCGGGAUGACUCGAGACGUGUACGAGACAGACUAUUACCGCAAGGGCGGGAAGGGGCUGCUGCCUGUGCGCUGGAUGGCCCCCGAGUCCCUCAAAGAUGGAAUCUUCACCACCCACUCGGAUGUCUGGUCCUUUGGCGUGGUGCUCUGGGAGAUUUCAACCCUGGCUGAACAACCCUACCAGGGUCUCUCCAAUGAGCAGGUGCUCAAGUUUGUCAUGGAUGGUGGGAUCCUAGAGGAGCUGGAGAGUUGUCCAGUUCAGCUGCAGGAGCUGAUGCACCGCUGCUGGCAGCAGAACCCACGCCUGCGCCCAACCUUCACCCACAUCCUGGACAGCAUACAGGAGGAGCUGCGGCCCUCCUUCCGCCUCCUUUCCUUCUACCACAGCCCAGAGUGCCGGGGGGCCCGGGCCUCCCUGCUGCCUACAGAUACCGAGCCUGACUCCCCGCCAGCCCCCAAAGAGGCGUCCUCAGACUUCAGCCCCCAAAAUGGGGGUCCAGGGCACUGAGGGGCACCCCAUUCCCUGGCUGAUGGGCCUCCCGCAGGCAGAGAGGAAGGGACCUGACCUUUGCAGCCAUGAGGGGUUGCGAUGUUCAUACUUCCACCCCAUGCUGAGAUGGGGCGUUGGGAGGGGGCCAGGGGGGUGCAGAGAGCAGGAGCAGGCAAGACAGAGGGUGACAGGGUGAGCAGAGCAGAGUCGUGGUAGGAAAGGUUUUUUUGGGAGUCGGAGUUCUCCAUGAGAAAGUAAGAAAGGCCUUGGUAGGAGGAGCAGAGAUUAGACCAAGGACAAGAUGUCCUGGCCACGUCCCCCACCCAACCCCCUCAAGAAGAGAGACUACUCAGACUAAGAACAGAGGCCUGCCCAUCCCUGAAGCAGAAUCUGGGGAGCCCUACCCUUGGCCUUGGGGCUCCUAUGGAAUCUGGGCCCAUCAAUAUGCUUGACACCAGAUGAGCAACCAGAUCACCUGGAACCCUCUCUGUCUGUGUUUGGGAUGCUGGGGAUGGGCAUCCAUGUGACUGCUCUUCUUCCUGCCGCGUUUCACCUCUUCCCUCUGCCCCGUGCAGCAGGGGUUGUGGGGAGAACUCUGGGGCCCUGGUGGGUGCGUUCCCAGCCUGGCCUAUGGGCCUGCCCUCCGCCCUUCCUCACCUUCUCCACACCCAGGGACCCCAGGCUUGGUGCUUCCCCUUCCUCUUCUCCGGGGCCAUCUCUCGGUGGAUUCCCCCCUUUCCCAGUCCCUUCCCCUCCAUCUCCCUCCUGCCCUUGGAUUAUUAAGGCCUUAAGAGCCUUGCUUCCUCCCCGCCCUCCCUCCUGCCCCCCACUCCCUGCCUCUCACGGGAAGAGGGAAGAAGGCACAAUAAAGGUCGAGGUCUGUUUGUA